AUGAAAUCUAAUAAAUUGGAGAAAUACGAGAAGAAGGAGAAGCUCGGGGAAGGUACUUACGGAAUUGUGUAUAAGGCAUUGGACCGUAACACUAAUGAGUAUGUGGCAUUAAAAAAAAUCAGACUUGAGUCAGAAGAGGAAGGCAUUCCUAGUACUGCCAUCAGAGAGAUCUCUCUUCUCAAAGAGUUGAAUCAUCCAAACAUUGUGAAAUUAAUGGAGGUUGUGCAUUCAAAUAAGAAGCUCGUACUGGUCUUUGAGUAUGUUGAAAUGGAUCUUAAGAAAUUCUUUGCUCAAUUCCCCAAAGAGAAAGGCAUGGAACCUGUUAUUGUCAAAAGCUUUCUCUAUUAACUCUUAAGAGGAAUCUAAGCAUGUCAUUAAUAAAAAAUAUUACACCGUGAUCUCAAACCUCAAAAUCUUUUGGUCUCCAAAGACGGAAUACUCAAACUUGCUGAUUUUGGACUCGCCAGAGCUAGUGGAAUCCCUGUUAAAAGUUUCACUCAUGAAGUUGUAACACUAUGGUACAGACCACCAGAUGUCUUGUUGGGCUCUAAAAACUACAACACCUCAAUAGAUAUCUGGAGUGUGGGCUGUAUCUUUGCUGAAAUGUCAAAUCUUAAACCUCUUUUUGCUGGAAGCAAUGAAACUGAUCAAUUAAAAAAGAUAUUCAGAGUCCUUGGUACUCCUACACCUAUUGAAUAUCCAAAAUUGAAUGAUCUUCCAAGCUGGAAACCCGAAAACUUUGAAUAAUAUCAACCUGAUAAUUUGGCUAAGUUUUGUCCAAGACUUGAUCCAGAUGGACUAGACCUAUUGAUCAAAAUGCUUAAAAUUAACCCAGAUUAAAGAAUUACAGCCAAAGCCGCUUGUGACCACCCUUUCUUCAAAGAAUUACCAGAAUAAGUUAAGAAAUUAUAUGUCAACGUCAAGUGAGAAUUCAUAAAUCAAAUAUAAAUAUUAAAUUUCAUAUAAAUUUCUCUCUC